CUUAAUGUUUAUGUACUUUAUUCGAUUCUCAUCUGACGUGGAAUGUUCUAAUUUUGUUGUCAGAAUUAUAUCUGUCAUUAUUAAUCAAAUCUGAACACGUUGUAUAUUGUACAAAUUUUUUAUUUUUUUUCUGUAAAUACUAAAUAUAAUAUGUCGUUACGGAGAGCGUUAUUCGGUAUCAAAGAUGUAAAAGUAUUACAAAGAACGCUUAUUCAUAGAAGAUUUCAAUCCUCACGAAAGCUUUAACUUGAUAAUCUGACUGCUUGCAAAUUAGCAGCAAUCAGUACACGUUAACAACAAAAUUAUGUACCAUAUCGUCGUUCACUGCUAUGGGUAUUUGGAGUCUUACAAAGAAGAAGGGUGAUAACGAAACGGUCAUAACUACAAAAGAAGUUCUAAUAGCAAAAGCCGAUGCAUUAUACGAGCAAGAACAAUACCAGGAAAUACAUAACCUUCUAAUAAAUUAUAAAGAUAGCGGCGAUGUUGAAAUUAUAUGGCGUUUGUGUAGAGCAAUGUAUAAAUUGUCUAAGACUGUGAGUGAAGUAGAUGGAAAGAAAUUAAUUUUCGAAGCUUAUGAUUUAAUACUUAAAGCGCUUGAAAUAAAAGAGGAUAAUUGGGCUGCACACAAAUGGGCAUCGAUUCUUCUUAAUUCUAAGACUCUUUAUGAAGGAGUAAAAGCACAAAUAAAAGAGUCAUAUAAUAUUAAGAAACAUAUGCUGAGAGCAAUGGAACUAAAUCCAAAAGAACCAACACUUAUGUACAUGCUUGGUACUUGGUGCUAUCAAGUUGCUGAUUUAACAUGGUAUCAAAGAAAAAUUGCAUCUGUAAUAUUUGGAGAACCGCCAUCUUCGUCUUUUGAGGAAGCUCUAAAAUAUUUUGAAACCGCAGAGGAAAUUGAUCCCAAUUUCUAUAGUCAAAAUUUAUUAAUGUUGGGCAAAACCUACUUAAAAUUAAAUCAAGAAGAGCUAGCUAUGAAAUAUUUAAAAAUGGCCCUUGAAUAUCCUGCAAAGAACGAAGAUGAUCGAGAUGCUAAACAGGAAGCACAAAAGUUGUUAAAGAAAUUUUAACAAACUUGACAGAAAUUAUAAUC